AUGUUAAGGAGUUCUACUAGAGUUGCAGUUAAAUCUGCUUUGCACAAGCCUUUGGUUCGUUGUGCUACUGUUUCACAAUUAGAAGCGGUUAGAAGUUUUAGUUCAAGCCGAAUUUCUUCCGAUAUCUCUUCAAGAAAUGGAUCUUUUAACGCCGUGAGUCGUCGUUCUUCUGGUCCAUUCCAAUUCCGUUGUUCCCCUUCUCAGUUGAACACUAGAUUCAUGGCAGUUCGUCAUGCUACUUCUGUGCCGGUUCCUCCUAUGGCUGAAUCGUUGACUGAAGGUUCUUUGAAGGAAUACACUAAGAAAGUCGGAGAUUUCAUCGAAAAGGACGAACUGUUGGCUACUAUCGAAACCGAUAAGAUCGACGUCGAAGUCAUUUCUCCUAUCUCCGGUACCAUUGCGAAGUUGAACUUCUCUCCAGAUGAUACUGUUACCGUUGGUGAAGAGAUUGCUCAAAUUGAGCCAGGUGAAGCUCCUGCUGGCGGUGCUGCCGCUUCAGAGUCCUCUUCCGCUUCUGCACCUGCUGCUGAAGAACAGCAACAACAGGCUGCUCCUAAGAAGGAAGAGCAACCAGCCACUCCAAAGAAGGAAGAAAAGGCCGCUGCUCCAGCUCCAAAGAAGGAGGAAAAACCAGCCGCUGCUGCUCCAAAGAAGACUGAAGUUGACUCAUCUGCUACUGAAUCCUCUACCCCAUCUUUCACUCAAUUCUCCCGUAACGAACAUAAGGUCAAGAUGAACCGUAUGAGAAUGAGAAUCGCUGAAAGAUUAAAGGAAUCUCAAAACACUGCUGCUUCUUUGACCACUUUCAACGAAGUUGACAUGUCCGCUGUCUUGGAAAUGAGAAAAUUAUACAAAGAUGAAAUCAUCAAGACUAAGAACGUUAAAUUCGGUUUCAUGGGUCUUUUCUCUAAGGCUUGUACUUUGGCCGCUAAGGAUAUUCCAGCUGUAAAUGGUGCUAUCUCCGGAGAUCAAAUCCUUUACCGUGAUUACACCGAUAUCUCUAUCGCUGUCGCUACUCCAAAGGGUUUGGUUACCCCAGUGGUUCGUAACGCUGAAUCAUUGUCUGUUUUAGAAAUUGAACAAGAAAUUGUCAGAUUGGGUAAGAAGGCCAGAGAUGGUAAGUUGACUUUGGAAGAUAUGGCUGGUGGUACUUUCACCAUCUCUAACGGUGGUGUCUUCGGUUCAUUGUACGGUACCCCAAUCAUUAACAUGCCACAAACGGCUGUUUUAGGUUUGCACGGUGUUAAGGAAAGACCUGUCACUGUUAAUGGUCAAAUCGUCUCUAGACCAAUGAUGUACUUGGCUUUGACUUAUGACCAUAGGUUGUUGGAUGGUAGAGAGGCUGUUACUUUCUUGAGAACUGUCAAGGAAUUGAUUGAAGAUCCAAGAAAGAUGCUUUUGGCUUAA